AGUCGAGUUGGUGUAAGUGGUCGCACCUCGGAUUGUUCCGCUUGCUCUGAGUCUGAGUCUGUUUUCUGGCUUCCCAAAGGAAUUUUUAAAAAUCCAAAACAGGAGGACGAAAGCACUGAAGAGGUUAAACCGAGUCUGUUGGCUUCUUGUUGUGGUACAAACAUGACUGAGGUGGCGCAGGUGGCAGCUGUAGAUGCCCACGACAUGGAAGACAAAGAAAACGAUGUGAGGGUCAAUGAUGUCAAAGAGAGAGAUGAGAAAACAUCUACAGAAGAUAAAAAACCUCGCCGCAGGAGUGAAAAAACAAGUAAUGAGACUGACAAGACACACAUGAACGGCUUGGAGUGCAAAGAAAACAAAGGGGAAAAUGAAAGCUCGGGAGCUGUUAAUGGUGUUGCACAGAAGGAGGGGGAGGAGCCACAGCCUGAAACACAUGAGGAUGAGAACAUUUCUGAUGUGGCAUUCAAAAAAGAGAAACUUCUGAAGUCCAGAAAGCUGGUGGCCAGAAGCUACGUGCCAAAGCUCAACAAAGACAAGGAGAAUGUGACUGGCAAAUUUGAGGCCAUGCAGAAGGCCAGGGAGGAGCGCAGCAGACAGAGGAACAGGGAGGAGCAGCAGAAGAGGAAGGAGCAAUUCAUCAAGGAGAGAGAGUGGAAUCGCAGGAAGCAGCAGAUAAAAGAACUACUUGCUUCCAGUGAUGAGGAAGAAGAAGUGAAGCCAGCAAAGGUGGAAAAAUCUUACGUCCCCAAAAUCACAGGUAGUGUGAAGGGGAAGUUUGCAGAAAUGGAAAAGCAAAGACAAGAGGAGGAGAGGAAGAGGAUGGAAGAAGAGAGGAAGAAGAGAGAGGCCCAGGACAAGCUGGAGAAAGCCAAAAUCCAGAAAGAAUUGGCUCAGAAAGCCGCUGAGGAAGGAGAUGACACAAUCCUGGUAUGUGUGGUUCCCGCAAAGCCGUCACGACCUCCAGGCAAAAUCAAAGUGAACUUUGAAGACAUGGAGAAGAAUCGAGAGGAGGAACUGCAAAGGAAGGCAGAAGAGGAGAAAAAAAGACGAUACGAUGAAAACAGACGCUCCUUCCGGGAAGCAAAGAGGCGCUCACUUAUUCCACAGGAUGAAGAGGAUAAACCUUCAGAUAAGGUUCAAGUGACUCCUGGGAAGCUGAAGCUGACAUUUGAGGAGCUGGAGAAAGAAAGGCAGGAGCAGAGGAAGAAGCAAGCUGAGGAGGAAGCCAAACGCCGCCUGCUAGAGGAGAAGAAAGCUUUUGAGGAGGCCAGGCUGGGAAUGGAAGAAGACGAGGAAAGCACUCAGCCUGGUCAGGAAGACAAGGAGGAUUUUCGUCCAGGAAAACUGAGACUGAGCUUUGAAGAGCUGGAGAGACAGAGGGUAGAGGAAGAGCGCAAAAAAGCAGAGGAAGAGGCCAGGAGACGGAUGGAGGAGGAGAGAAGAGCUUUUGCUGAAGCCAGGAAAAGCAUGCUUGUAGAUGAGGAUGAUGAGGUACUGAUGGCCUUGCUGAACCUGGAGGGCAGUGAACCUGGGAAGAUAUGUGCCAGCUUUGAGGAGUUGGAACGCCAGAGAAGAGAGGAGGAGCAGAAGAAGGCAGAGGAGGAGGCUAAGAGGAGACUGGAAGAGGAAAAGAAACUCUUUGCUGAGGCCCGCAAGAGCAUGAGCCCUGGUCCAGAUCAGGAAAAGUCUGCAUAUGGAGAUGACACAGUACUAGAUGAAGAUGAGGGGAUGGUAAAGAGUGAGUCUCAGGAAGCCCUGCACCCCAGGAAACUGGAGAUCAACUUUGAGGAGCUGCUGAAAGAGAAGGAGGAAGCCGAGAGGAGACGCAAGGCCGAGGAGCGCAAAAAGAAACUGGAGCAAGAGAAGCAGGAAUUUGAACAACUCAGACAAGAGAUGGGCGAGGAAGAAAUAAAUGAAAGCUCGGACGUUGUAAGCAAAGAGUAUGAAGAGCUCACUAAGCUGAAGCGAACUGGCUCCAUUCAGGCCAAAAACCUCAAAUCCAAGUUUGAGAAGAUCAAGCAGCUGACUGAGGAGGAGAUUCAGAAGAAGAUAGAGAUGGAGAGAGCACGGAGGAAGGCCAUUGAUGAUGAAAUUAAGGAGAGAGAAGCUGAGCGGUUCCAGGAGGAGGAUGAGGAACGGGAAACAACUCCAUCAAGAGCUGAGGAGUCACCCUUCAAACAGAAGGUGGACAUGCGAGCCCGUUUCGAGCAAAUGGCCAAAGCCAGAGAGGAGGAGGAACGGAGGAGGAUAGAGGAGCAGAAACUGCAGAGAAUGCAGUUUGAGCAGCAAGAGAUUGAUGCCGCCCUCCAAAAAAAGGAUGAUGACGGGGAGGACGAGGGUAGCAUCAUUAACGGCUCUGCAGGUUAUGAAGAUGAGGAGGAUCAUGCCAGGUCAGGGGCUCCGUGGUUUAAAAAGCCCCUUAAAAAUCAGUCAGUGGUGGAUUCGGAGCCAGUUCGGUUCACCGUAAAGAUCACAGGGGAGCCAAAGCCAGAGGUGACCUGGUGGUUUGAGGGAGAGAUGCUUCAGGACUGUGAGGACUAUCAGUACAUAGAGAGAGGAGAGACAUACUGCCUCUACCUGCCGGAGACCUUCCCAGAGGAUGAGGGAGAAUAUAUGUGCAAGGCUGUGAACAGCAGAGGCACAGCAGCAAGUACCUGUAUCCUCACAAUAGAAAGUAAGACCACCUUGGUAUGACUGCAUGCCUGUCUGGAUACGAAUCUCUCUUCAUGAAGUGGAUCGCAUGCUCCUCUUCCUUAUAAACUCAGGCCAAAUGGCUGAUUUGGUUAACCGUCCUUCUGUUUCUUUCUCGCAGCUUACGACUACUGAUGCCCCUUCGUGUUCUGGAGAUUCCCUCUGUCUCUCACUCCUUUUGUUAAACUUCAUCCCUCCUGGUGUUGUCAAACAGAGGGAAGAAAAUAGCAGUAUGCUUGGCAUUCCUAAGGGAGGGAUACACAACACACAUACAACAAAAAAAAAGACAAGAUGUUGUUUACGUACUGCUCAAAUGUAAAGCUGCACUCCCCGUUAGGAUGUAGGAUGAUACCUGUGCCAAAAACAGACCUGAUUGUUGUUCCCAUGCCAAGGGCUGCACAAAAAUUUCAAAAAUAUCUUUCCUGCGAGGCCCUGACAAUAUUUGUGAUACCAGCAAAUUUUGUGCAGUAUUCAUGUACUGUUUUGUAAAUAUCACACUUUGUGGUCCAUAAAAGGCAAAUGUUGAGCUUGAGAUACUGAAAAGUAAGAUGUCCCUGUGCGUUUACUAAAAAACAAAACAAAACAAACAAAAAAACCAGCAGUAAUAUCAAUAAAACAUCUUACAUAUUCUUUGAGUAGUCUACCCUUCCUGAACACCAUUAUUAAUCAGCAUGUAAUUUUCAAUACUAGUAAAUAGUGUUGUGAUAUUUGCAUUGUCAAUGAUAAGACAUUGCAAAGGCAGCCACAUACUGCAGGAACAAAACAUCUGUAUCUCUUACAGUACAUGCAUCCCAGCUUUUACUUGCAGCAUCUGAAAAUUAUGUUGAUUUUUUUUUUUUGUGUUAAUAUUGCUGUCAUCAAUCAGUUGUCGAGGACAACAGUUUUAUGGUUUGAUAAUGAAUAUAAAAGUAGACUAGUCCAAAUACUUGUUGUAUAUUAUAAAUAGAAAAAAAAAAGUUUUAAUAAA